UAGGGUCAUCUCUGAAACAACGUGGGGACAUUUUCCUUUUGGACCAACCAACAAAUCUCAUAUCAGAAAACGUUCUUAUAUUAUAGAUACUUUUUUCCUGCAUUUGUAGCUUACUUUAAAGGAUUGCUUGUUCUACUUAUAAACUGACAUCCAUAGGAAUUUUGUUUUUGUAAACACAAUUCAGUAUAGUUUUAUAGGAAUAUGUCCAAAUUGAGCAAAUGGGGUGGUGUAAGUGUAGUUUUCAUUCUGAUUUGACCUCAAAAUACCUGACAGUGGGAUGGGCAAAUAAAAUAGCAGGUGAGAGAUUAACUGGUUUCUCUGCAUUUACCCCACGGCACUGUCAUAAAUCAACAACGUAUGAUAAAUGAGAUCCUUAAGGCUGAGGUCUCAAAGAUGUUAUCUCGCUUAUCUGGCGGCUCUUUGUACUGUUUAAAAAACUUGCACAUGACCCCACCACCACCUUCCGGACGUUAAGACUGUAUGAAGACACCAACGCUAUUGAUGGUGCAUGGAAAUUAAGGCUAUGCAUGUGAUGCCAUUCCUGCAAAGUUAAUGGCAGAUUGAGUGAGCACGUUCAGGGGCUAUGUUUCAUUUGGCUCCAAAAAGGUCAGAUGUUUUUAAACAUUUUCAAUUUGUGGGAGAAAAAUUGUCAAUUUCCUGGCCAAUAAUGUUUGGGUUAAUCCAGAGAUGGCCUUUUUCUCUGCCAUGAAAUGGAUUGAAUGGAGGGAGGAGGGGGUAAAUGCAGGGCCGUUCCUAGGAAACCUGGGCACCUGGACAAAAUAUCUGACCGGGCCCAGUCAAUGCUACAGACAAAUGAAAACCCACACAGUAAUUGGCCCCCUCCAGGCCAUGGGCCCCAUGAAUCCUAUCCAUGUGACGGCCCUGGGUAUAUGUAAUACAGGACAGGUAUGUUAUUUCAUGAACAAAGCGCACACCCUAUUUUGUGACAGCUCUGGUUAUUGCCACGGUCUUUAUUAGACCAAGAAAUUAGACGGGAUGCAGAUUAAUCCUCAGAUUAAUUUUGAAAACGACAGGAGAUCCUAUGUACCUCUGUGUGUGUGUGAACCAGUAUGUGUGUAUGAGUGCAUGUUCAGACAAAAUAUCAAAAUGACAAUCCCCUAAAGUAACUUCACCUUUGUACUAUUCUAAGCACUCAUCAUUUUUUAACCCUUGUCUGUCCCGACAGUUAAAAAUUCAAAGUCUCAGUAUAAAACAGUUAAUGCUGCUCCUGUAUCUACUGGCCUCUCUCUUAAAGAGUGCAGCAGUGUCCCCAAUUAGCUCGUAAAACGAUUCUCCCCACUUCAAUUACAUUUUCUCCUAGAUAUCUUAGCCUCUCUUUCCAAUAUACCAGGGAUUCCCAUAGAAGACUGUGAUCAUGGCUGGCUUCCUCAGAUGGCUCUGGAAAUAUCUGAAUUAUCUGAUAAUAUUUUUCACACCCUUGCUUAUUCUACCUCUACCCCUGAUCAUUCCGAGCUUGGAAUCUCGCUGUGGCUAUGUGAUCAUCUUGAUGGCUCUGUUCUGGUGCACAGAGUGCAUCCCCCUGGCAAUCACCGCCCUGCUGCCUGUCAUCCUCUUCCCCAUGAUGGGCAUCAUGGAGUCAAGUGAGGUGUGUAUCCAGUACCUAAAGGACUCCAACAUGCUUUUUAUCGGUGGGCUGCUGGUGGCCAUCGCUGUGGAGCACUGGAACCUACACAAAAGGAUUGCUCUUCGAGUGUUGCUUUUAGUUGGGGUGAAACCAGCUCUUCUGAUGAUGGGCUUCAUGGUUACCACUGCAUUCCUCUCCAUGUGGAUCAGUAACACAGCCUCCACGGCCAUGAUGCUGCCCAUUACCAGCGCCGUGCUGCAGCAGCUAUCUGACACAGAGGCCCAGGCGGAGGAGAGGGAGAUGGACCUGGUGACUUCCAAAGCUGGCCCUGAAGGCCUUGAGAACCAGGCCUUCGAGAUGGACAACACCACGGCAGACCUAGCAAGCAAGAAGUUCCAGCCUAAAGACAGCAACAUCACUAUACGUAUUAGUGGGGAGGAGGGGGUUGAAUAUAAUAGAGAUGAUACUGACAUUGCAAAGGAUAUUGUCCAGUCUAAGUCUGUGAAGAAUUGUGUCAAUUUUGUGAGCACUAAGGAGAGCCCAGAGGCAGAGCAGAGAAGGCUGAAGAGAGAGCAAAAGUAUCUGAGUCUGUCCAAAGGCCUGAGUCUGAGUGUGUGUUACGCUUCCAGUAUUGGAGGGACUGCCACCCUCACUGGAACCACACCCAACCUCAUCCUCAAAGGGCAGGUUGAUGAACUCUUCCCGGGUAAUGGAGACAUAAUCAACUUUGCUAGCUGGUUUGGCUUCUCCUUCCCCAACAUGGUACUGAUGUUGGCAACUUCCUGGUUGUGGCUGCAGUUCAUGUACCUCGGCUUCAAAACAGAGAGAUACUCUGAGAAGCCUUCCGGCUGCGGUGCAAACAAAGAUGGUGACACAGAGGCCUAUCAGGUAAUGAAGGAUGAGUACAAGAAGCUGGGCAGCAUGAGCUUUGCUGAGGUCUCUGUGCUGGUGCUGUUUGUGCUGUUGGUUCUCCUCUGGUUCACCAGGGAACCUGGGUUCAUGCCUGGCUGGGGUUCUGCCCUCUUCAACAAAGACAAACCGUAUGUCACAGAUGGAACCGUGGCCAUAUUUAUGUCAACGCUGUUCUUCAUAAUUCCCUCUCAGAUGCCAAGAUGUGGGAAACCCUCUAUGAAUUAUGGGAGUCCCCUCAAGCCGCCCCCUGCCCUGCUAAACUGGGAUGUUGUCCAUGAGAAGAUGCCGUGGAACAUUAUCCUACUCUUGGGAGGAGGAUUUGCACUGGCCAGGGGCAGUGAGACAUCAGGCUUGUCUCUGUGGCUUGGGCAGAGUUUAGCCCCUCUCCAGUCCAUCCCUCCCUUUGCCAUCACCAGCCUCUUAUGUAUGCUGGUGGCAGCCUUUACUGAAUGUUUCAGUAAUACUGCCACAACAACACUCUUCCUCCCUGUACUGGCCUCAAUGGCCACUGCAAUGAAGUUGCACCCUCUGUACGUCAUGCUGCCUUGCACCAUCUGUGCCUCUCUAGCCUUCAUGUUGCCCGUGGCCACACCCCCUAAUGCCAUCGCCUUCUCCUAUGGCAACCUCAAAGUCAUAGACAUGGCCAAGGCUGGGUUUAUUUUAAACAUAUUCGGGGUACUGACCAUCAACAUUGCCCUACACACUUGGGGCAUGGCUAUGUUUGACCUGAACACAUUUCCUGAUUGGGCCAACGUCACAACCACCCCUUGAACAGGAGUCAAGAGGCUGCAGAGAAGAGGCCGUAGAGAGGGACGAUACGCACACAUUAAUCUGGCAACAGAAUUACUUGACUGGCCCCCCAAAUAUCACAAAAACUAUAAAACUUUUAUCAGUAUGAUCAGUUUGACAGUGUUAUCUAUGGGAAUAUUAACAAUAAUUGAUUCAAGAACUAGACUGCUUGUGUAGGAUAGUACACUGUAUGUUGGUUUACAGGUAGACUAGUUUUUAUUCAUUUCAGUUCACUUAAUAUUGGGGAGUAAUCUAUAAUAGCUAAAAUAAGGAGGUUGUAUUUGAUCCUUUUCUAGAAUUUCCUAAUCUAUUUAGGCUGAGGAGAGACAAAGAGACAUGUUGGAAAAUAUGGAGAAUAUGAUGGUGUAUUUAUAAUUACAAUGAUUUCCUCUCAUUUUAUGAUGUAAGGUUAUGUAAAUAAAAUGCCAGCAAAUAUGUAUUAUGUUACAGAUUGUGUUUUUUUGUCUGACAAAAGUCACUAGCAUAUUGUGAUUAAAACAAUGUACUGUACUAUUGGUUAUGUAGUAAAACAGACCACAAAUAGAACAGCCAUCUUGCUUCUGAAGGAACAUUAACCCUGUACUUCCUUUUUUAAGCUGGGAUACGCUAGCUAGCAUGUGCAGUGUUGCAAAGCAUUUGGUGCAAACACAGUUAUAUAGAAGGUGUCAGUAGAGUUCAGUUACAGCAGGAAAUGCCGUAAGCAUCAUCAAAUGUGAAAGGAACAUGGACUUCCUGGGUGGGAUCAAUUUAUUUUUGGUGGUUCCUCUCUGUCCAUACAUACAAUAUUUAUUGUAAAGAUGGCUUGAUUUAAUUUACAAUGGGAACAAAUCCUAUUGCCAUCGAUAGGAUUUGGACAAGGGUCCCCAAUUGGUUUGAACAGAGCCAAGGGAACAGAAGGCAAAUCCGAUCAAAACAGUAGAUGGGGGGGAAAUGUGAUUGAAGGUAAAGGAAAUUAAUGAAAGGAAACCAAUAGAAUUAGUUCAAAGGAACCUUGGCAGGGGGCCUUAAGCAACAGGGGGUUGCUGUAAGUGGUACAGAAGGGAUUGGAAAUGGUGACCUCGAGGUGACCCUAGCAUGCUAAGGGUCAUGCGAACAGGCAAUGAUGAAAUCAAAUAUUUCUGUUUAAUCAGGCCACAACUCUACCA